UGCGCCCUUGCGGCGGGGCUGGCGGGCGGCAUCGAGCGCUGCGGAGCCGCCGCCGCCGCCCGGGCCAGCCCAGCCCUGCCCGGCCCGGCCCGGCCCAUGGCGUCCCCGGCGGCCGCGCUGCCCCCGGCCCGCCGUGACUUCUACUGGCUGCGCUCCUUCAUCGCCGGAGGUGUUGCAGGAUGUUGUGCCAAAACAACUACUGCACCACUGGAUCGAGUAAAGAUUUUGCUGCAAGCUCAUAACCACCAUUACAAACAUCUAGGAGUGUUUUCCACGUUGUGUGCUGUCCCCAAAAAGGAAGGUUACCUUGGGCUGUACAAAGGAAACGGGGCAAUGAUGAUUAGAAUCUUUCCGUAUGGCGCUAUUCAGUUUAUGGCCUUUGACCAAUAUAAAAAGGUAAUAAAGAAACAACUUGGGAUUUCGGGGCAUGUGCAUCGAUUAAUGGCUGGAUCCAUGGCAGGUAUUACAGCAGUGAUUUGUACUUACCCUCUUGAUAUGGUUAGAGUUCGUCUGGCGUUCCAAGUCAAAGGGGAACACAGGUACAUGGGAAUUAUCCAUGCAUUCAAGAUGAUUUACACAAAGGAAGGUGGUUUUAGAGGGUUCUACAGAGGGCUGAUGCCAACUGUUGUAGGAAUGGCACCGUAUGCGGGUUUUUCAUUUUUUACCUUUGGUACCUUAAAGAGCAUUGGACUUGCUCAAGCACCUAACUUGCUUGGACGGCCUUCAUUAGAUAACCCCGAUGUCUUAGUUUUGAAAACACAUGUAAAUCUGCUGUGUGGUGGCAUAGCUGGAGCAAUAGCUCAGACGAUAUCAUAUCCCCUGGAUGUAACUCGGAGGAGAAUGCAGUUGGGAGCGGUUCUCCCAGACUCUGAAAAGUGCCUUACAAUGGUGCAGACACUGAAGUAUGUGUAUCAACAACACGGAAUACGAAGAGGACUGUACCGUGGUUUAUCUCUAAAUUACAUCCGUUGUAUUCCUUCCCAGGCCGUGGCUUUUACCACAUAUGAACUUAUGAAACAAUUCUUGCACCUCAACUGAUUCUUUUCUUUAGAAUACUUUUCUGUAAAACUACACUACCAAUCCUCAAAUUAUAUUGAUGAGUAAAUUACUUGAAGUUUAAAAAAAGCUCUCUGUUACUGUGGACCUGCUGUUGUCUGAUAUCUUUAUUUGCCAAAAUGUGGUUGAUUUCCUGGAGUCAAACCAGGUGACAGAUCAAAAUAAACAUUAGGUAGCUCUAAACACUUUUUUUGCACUUGAUCUUCUAGGCUUCAUUAGAUUAAUGUUAAGAAUGACAGUUUGAAAAUUACACCCACAUUUUAUCCAGGUUCCAAGCAGUUAGUUAUUGAGCUUUAUCACCAUUCCAGGACUUAUGUGCUGCUGGUUACUCUGCUUUUUAAGCUGGUAAUUAGGCAUCUGUUGUUCUUUAAAAAUUAAAUGGAAUAAACUGAUUUGAACAUAAUGCAGCCAUUUUGGUAUUCAGAUACUUGCCAGGUGUGUAGAAGCUGAACUCAGCAGACCACAAUUUCAGCCUCUUUUCCUUCUUUUCCUGAACAAAUUUUCUGUAUGCAAGAACAAUGCAUAUGUCUUGAGACUGGUACAUAGGAAAGUCUCUGCAACCAUUUCAGUAAAAAACUACAAGAUGUAUUUAGCAGUGUUAGAAAGUCUUGCAAUUUGGAAACCAGUUUCUUGGCAUACGUUCUGUUCUAAAAAAUGCUGUGCCUACACAAGUAAAGGCAGGGAGGACUUUAAGAGUGAUGAGUGCUAGAAAAGAUCUCUUUAAGGCAGGUGGGAGAGGCCUGAUCCUACAAGGCUUUUCUGUAUCUUUUCUGUGGAGCUGAAUGUUCUUGGUUUGAAGGCCGAGUGUGUCAUGUACUUUGCAGGACUAGCUGGUGUAAACAGGUUUUUCCCUACCUGGAGCCAGGGUGACAAACAGGACUUGCUGCAUUGGCUUGUUUAGGCAUAUGGACCAUAUCCAACAGAAAGGACAAUUAAGAUUGUACUGGAGUCUGUAGGGGGGUGUGUGUACUGUUUCUGAAGUAUGGUAUGCAAUAGACUAUGACAUCUUUUCCUUCUCCUGCAAUUCCUUUUGCAGAAGGAAUUAUUUUAUACAUGAUCUGCAUUGGUACUCUUGAUUCAGGAAACUGUAAAGCAUUUACUUUAUGUAACUUAUUUAUUUAUUGUAAAUAUUUUAGCAGUGUCUUUUAAGGAUUGGCAAUGGCUACAUUAAGUGGUGGAUGGUAAGAUUGUUAAAUUUAUCAAAAUUAAGCAAAUCAAAACUGGAAUUUGAGUUACAUGUUCAAUACCAACUUUUGUUGCUCAGUUUUUUCCCUUCAGUUUCUUAAAAGUAUGUAUUUCUUUGAUAUUUACAAUGUAGCUAUGGACAGAGAAUGAGAUGUAUCUGAAUUUAUUUUAUUAAAAUUUUUGAAUUAA